AUGCUUGACCUAGGUUACCCAGACCCACAGAUGAUUGAAUUGACCGAUGAAUCCCCAGUGAUAUACUACCAUUUCAGGAUACCCAAUGGUGACUUUCAAUUUGGUCUUAGAGCUUUAGGGAAUGAUCAGGAUGUGGUCAACCUUUCUAAAUACAUUGCACAUAAAAAGCUGAUUGAGGUGUACACAGAGCAUGGAAAGAAAAAUUUACUGACUUACUUCAUGUCACUAAAUGCAAAGGGUAAUGUUGUCAUUGAGGAAUUAACAGAAAAUGAUGAUCAAGGGGCUGAAGUUGAGGGUCAAGUUCAUGCAGAUUCUCCAAUGAAAAAUGUGAACCAUGGUAAUGGUGAGCCUAUUAGUGAGUUCAUGUCUCUGAUUCUUUUUAGGAGUAAGAAUGAUAGUUUCUCACUAGAGUAUAGAAGGGGUAGGGUUGGGAAUUCCAAUAUAGGUGAAAGUUCUUGUAGCAAGAGGCUUAAUUUAGAUUAUAUUGAUGAGGGUGUUCAUAUUUCAAAGGAAAAGAAUGAUGAUCAGGAUGGUUCAACUGAUGUUGAGGAGGCAGUAACUUGUGUUCUUAUUGAUGAGAUGGAGAGUGUUAGGGAGGCUGCAACUAUUGUUCAACAGGCAUCAACUGUUGAUGAAGGAUGCUACAACACCCCCUGUUAA